GGUGUUGUCAAAAUUUGACUGCAAUGUUCACUAUUCGCCGUGGUUUCUUUGAGAAUAUUUUCGUUUCUUUCCUUGUUCAAGUAACUGCUUAUCAAAACAGAUAAGGAUUAUGUUUCGCUUUUUCAUUUGUGGGAAGUUGUGCUAGUCACUCUCUUGUGAUUAGUAUAGUAAAUAAAUAACAACAGAAAUGUCACCCCUGUGAAUAAGACCUCGUUAUUUUGUUGAAUUUUGUCACAAAAGGAACAGGAUUAGUUAGAACGUUAUGUAAUUAUAUUUUAAAAACUAAAUUAUAUAUUAGUGAAGAUGAGAACUGUAGCGUUAAUAAGUGGUGGCAAAGACAGCUGCUACAACAUGUUGCAAUGUGUAGGGGCCGGGCACACUAUCGUUGCACUGGCGAAUCUCCAACCUCUUCAUAAAGAUGAAUUGGACAGUUACAUGUAUCAAUCAGUAGGUCAUCAUGGCAUAGAACUUUAUGCUGAAGCAAUGGGAUUACCUCUUUAUAGAGAAAUAAUAACAGGUACAGCUGUAGAUCAAGGAAAAAAUUACAAACCCACUGAUAAUGAUGAAGUUGAGGACCUAUACAGGUUGCUUUCCAAAGUCAAGGAAGAAAUAAAUAUAGAAGCAGUUGCUGUUGGUGCAAUACUAUCUGACUACCAAAGAAUCAGAGUUGAGAAUGUAUGUCAACGCCUGGGUCUAGUUUCACUCGCUUAUUUAUGGAGGCGGAACCAAAAAGAGUUGUUACAGGAAAUGAUAUACUGUGGUAUUGAUGCGAUCAUUAUAAAGGUGGCAGCUAUGGGUCUCGAUCCGAGGAUACACUUAGGUAUGACGAUACGCGACAUCCAGCCACAUUUGCUAGUCAUGAAAGAGAAGUACGGACUCAACAUGUGCGGGGAGGGGGGAGAGUACGAAACCUUCACACUCGACUGUCCCCUGUUCAAGAAAAAACUGAUCAUCGAUGAAAAAGAAAUGGUUAUGCAUUCAGACGAUCCUGUAGCUCCUGUCGGGUAUUUGAACUUGAAAUUGCACCUCGAGCCGAAAGAGAACUGCGACGAACCUCUCCAACUACCUCCAAUCAUUAAAAACUCGUUAGACUACUUAAACGACUUGAGCGAUUCUGUCUUUAGCGACAUAAGCGAUAUCGAAUUGAGUGAGACAGAAAUAGAGUCUAUAGAGAAGUUAGAGAAAGAGGAAAAGAUGAAGAACAGUGCCGAACUCAAUCCGUUGCUCACUUAUUCGCCGGACAAAGAGAACAAUUUAGAUAUUAUACACAAGUUAAAUGAUAGUGCGGAAGUAUUAGACAACGGAUAUGUAUACGAACAGACGAACGAUGAUAGGUCGUCGCACACGAUAACGGAUCAUCGAUCGAUAUACGGGAACAAACAUGGAUGGUAUUUUAUUGGAGGGAUUGUUGGCGAAGGGAUCGACACGAGGGUGGCAACUGAAGAUGCGAUGAAUAAAUUAAUUAGUUUGUUAGAUUCUGAAAGCAUGCAUCUAACCGAUGUGUGCUCCGUCAACAUAUACAUGAGGAAUAUGGAAGAGUAUGCUUCGUUGAAUGACGUUUAUGUCAAGACAUUUUGCUACCCGAACCCGCCGACGCGCGUCUGCGUACAGUGCCCUCUGCCGAACAACGUAGGACUUAUUUUGGAUGGAGUGGCGUUCAAAUCAAGUAACAACAAUACCGAGACUGACGGAGGUAACGUGAAGGUGCGAGAGACUAUGCAUGUUCAAGGCAUUUCGCAUUGGGCCCCAGCCAACAUUGGACCUUAUAGUCAAGCGAUUAAGGUGGGUGAAGUAAUCGGAACGUGCGGUCAAAUAGCGUUAAUACCGGGCGUCAUGACGCUGGCGGGCGGCGGCGCGCGCAGACAGAGCGCGCUCGCGCUGCGACACCUCACGCGCGUCAUACGGGCGGCGCAUCCACGAGCGCACAUACGUAGCGUCGUACAGAGCGUGUGCUACACGACGGAGCGCGGCGCGGUGGGCGAGGCGCGGCGCCAGCUGGAACGGCGCACGGCGGCCGCCAUCGUGCAGUACGCGCUCGUGGAGGCGCUGCCGCGACACGCCGCCGUCGAGUGGCACGCCUGGGCGCACUCAGACAACGAUCGCUUCGACUAUGAAGAAACAGGGUGCAACAUCGGUGAUUAUAAAGUGGCUAUAACGAGAAGAUGGAAUUAUGAAAACACCGUAGCGGCGAUUGUAUGUAACGUUGCCACAGGCUCAUCUCCGUCGACAUGUCAACUGUCGUUCCCGAGCGAGGAGGCGUGCAAGUCUCACCGGGUGCGAGCGCGCGCCAUGACCACGGAACAACUCGAAGAAGUCUUGGAGUAUGCGCUCAAUAAGCUGUUAGGUGACUGCAGGGAUAAAGACCAAGGGCCCGCCGUCAAAAUGAGGAUAUUCUACCAGGUGUGGAGCGCGCCGGCGGCGGGCUGGGUGGGGCGGCUGCGGCGCGCGGCGGGCGCCCGGCUGGCGCUGACGGCGGUGCCGGUGCUCGCGCUGCACAACGCCUUCACCUUCCUCUCCAUCGCCGGGCUGCGGCUCGACGAGUGACGACUCGGCGCCGGUACUUGACCAGGUUUCAUCGAACGUUAAAAACUCAAGAUGCUUUAUUGCCAAUUUAUAAAUAUUUGCUGAAUAUUUUCAGUAUUUAUAAAAAUUUUGUUAACUAUGCUACCAAGUUUACCGUAUUAUAAGUCAAAUUAUACAUUAUUUUUUAUUGCACAUUCUUGUUUUAU